AAUAUUUAAAUUUAUCUUUACUCAACUCAUGUUUAUAAUUGUCAACCUUUUUACAAAGAAAAUCAUCUCAGCAUCUUGAUCAGACGUGAUGACUUCAAAUAAGACUGAGAACAUGCUUCUCUGCUAUCCAUUCCGGCCGAACUCCUGUCAAAAACUGCAGCGUCUUACUGUGGUUAAAGUGGCGAUGUAUGUUUUAAUAGUGCUGAUGAUCCUCACAACAGUUUUUGGGAACCUGCUGGUCAUCAUCUCCAUCUCUCACUUCAAACAGCUUCAGUCUCCAACUCAUCUGAUCGUUCGCUCUCUGGCUGUUAGUGACUGUCUGAUGGGCUCUUUGGUCAUGCCGUACAACAUGGUGCGAUCUGUUGAAGGCUGCUGGUAUCUGGGAGAUUUCUUGUGUAAAGUUCAUUCUAGUUUAGACAUGAGCCUCUGUAUGUCCUCCUUACUGCAUCUCAGUUUAAUAUCUGUUGACAGGUACUGGGCCAUUUGUGACCCUCUGAGGUACAAAAUGAGGGUCACAAACAACAACAUGACUGUUUUUAUUACCUUCAUAUGGCUGUUUACAUGUGGGUACAGUUUCUUUGUUACUUACUGUGUGGGAAACUGUGUUGUGUUUUCAGGGAUAAAUGCAGUUGGAAUGGAGAUGCUUAUAUUGCAGACUUACUGUGUGGGAAACUGUGUUGUGUUUUUUAACAAGGAGUGGAGUUUUAUAUGUCCAGUUCUUCUACUCUUCCUUCCCGGGAUGAUCAUGAGCUCUCUCUAUGUAAAAAUCUUCUGUGUUGCACGAAAACAUGCAAAGGUUAUGUCAGAAAGAGCGACUGGAGGGAUAAAGAGUCAAAGCUCUGCUCACAGAGAGAGAAAAGCAGCUAAAACUCUGGCUAUUGUCAUGGGUGUUUAUUUGUUCUGCUGGCUGCCAUUUUUUACUGCUGCUGCUCUCGACCCAUUUUUCAAUUAUUGGACCCCAGCUGUUGUUUUUGAUGCUUUGUUUUGGUUUGCAUAUUUCAACUCGACUUGUAACCCCUUGGUUUAUGGAUUUUUCUACCCUUGUUUUCAAAAGGCCUUUAAGAUUCUCAUAUCCACUUAUAUCUGUGGCAUCAAGCAUUCUAACACCUUGAUAUUUGACUGA